GGAUUUUAGUUAGUAACAUUCGUAAUAAUCUAUAAGUUAUAAAUAUCUUUUGACAUGCUGAUAGUAUAGCAAGCGCCUUCACCUACGCGGCACUUACAGAGAUGGAAACUAUAAAUUAUUUAAGAUUGUCUGCCUGUAUUACGCUGUAUUUUCACUGUCUGCGAGCACGAGAGUCAUACGGCUACAUAGGGUGUUUCAAAGAUGACAUAUUCCGUAAAACCAUUUGGUCUCCGAAGGUAGAUUCCAAUAAUGGUGCUCAGUGUAUUCACACUUGUAUUUCUUCAGGAUAUAUAUACGCCGCGACACAGUCCCAUUACUGUAAAUGUGGUAUGAGUAUUCGGGGGAAUCCUAAGCAAGUCAGUUGUGGAUACAGGUGUCCAGGAUACCAGUAUGAAAUCUGUGGAGGCCGAGACAGCAUGUCUGUGUUUGACAUACGGUUGAUUACAAAAACGGAGAAAUCUGUUACGCAAUCAACUCCGUCAACAACACAAAUUAUUGCAUUGAUAACAUCAACAGAAACAGAAAGUACUAAGCAAGCUGAUUAUAAUCGAGAAAUGGCAACGCAGACUCAAUCAAGAACAGAAAUACGAAGAGCCGAAAUGCGAAUCACAACGGACAAAGCACCAGCAAACAACAGUAAUAAAGUUUCUUCUAAGGGAGGAGAAACAUCUGAUGUCCACGUUUACGUGUUCAUUUCGAUUCCGUUUGUGAUUGUUGUCAUGUUUGCUGUGACGGUAGCGAUUAUCUAUUAUCGUAGGCGAAAGAGACGAAUGCAGGAAAAUGAACAAAGUGACCGUCCAAAUAGUACAGAGGCAAAUUCUAAUUACUACUUAACAGCAGUGCAUGCCGAUAAUUAUACAUACACGUCUGUACAGGACACCCUUCUCCACCCUAGCGUUGCAAAUGCUGACAGCAAAGAUGUAAACGACUUGUUACACAGUAUGCCACUUGCCUCUACAGUACAAAAUGAAUAUGUAGACAUCAGUUACGAAGAAUUAGUCAGCCAACGAAAAGACGAACAUUAUUACAGUCAACCUAAUAAAAAUCUCCACAGGUCGGCUUAUACAACACAAUUGAAAGUUUGAUUGAGCUUGUUCAUUGACUAGUCUCUCCGACAUAAACGUACUGCCGGUAGUUCUCAUAUUUUGAUAGUUGCUACAUGUACACAUUCCUAACUAUUUUUUUUCAAACGGUCAUAAUAUCUGCAAUAGAACUAUUCUGAAACGGUACUGGGGUAAAAGCUCAGUAGAAAAGCGUUCCGAAACUAACUGCGUAAUCAUAAAAUGAAAUAGAUAAUUUUCCAUAUUACGUUGCAUAUAAUACAUGUCUUAAAAUUUAUGGUAUCGUUUUUAAAUGUUUUCAACUGUCCAAUAAUUAUGUGUUUCCAGUCCUUAUUUUUGAUUUUGAAAAACAUGCCUGUUAUGUGUUAAAAUGUAUGAUACUCUUUUUUUUAAUGUAUAACAAAUACAAUACAAUAUCAUUAAACUAAAAUUAUGUUUGAUUUCUAUUUUGAUGCAUUUUUGGUACAUGAUCAAAUACAUGGUAUCUUUUGAAAUGUUUUAAAAUAUAUGUUUUUCUUAUCUUUGUCUACUAUUAUGUAGUCCAAUCUUGAUAUAUAAUGACUAUUAUACAUAUUACCAUUUUCUAAUUGUUUUAACAUAUCUUAUAAAUAAAUGUUUUAUCUUUUAUACAUUUACCUUAUAUAUAAUUUCAUUUCUUAUCUGUUUUAAAAGUUUUAUAAUGCUUAUUUUUCAAAUGAUACU